UCAUUAAGUAAAAAUGAGUGUAUUUUGGUUUUAAUUUAAGUACAAUAAAAAUGAUGGUCAAAAGUGGAAUAUAAAGUCAAUGUAUAAAGAGGGUGUUUUGAUGAAGAGUGCUUACAAAAGAUUUUUGAUUUUUUUAUUCUUUGUGGUCAUCUGGUAACUGAAAUAUUUGUAAAAUAUGGAUGAAGCUAACACGAGCCAAUCCAUCUCUUCUGAUGAUCAAGAGUUUGAAGUUACCGCUGAAAUGAUGAUAGAUGAGGAUGACUAUGAGGAUACAAUCGAUGAAGAAGAAGAGUUAGAUGAAGGCGAUGAGGAUGAAUUAGCGGAUCUUCAGAAAGAAGGUGAAAUGCCAAUUGAAGACCUCAUAAGAAUAUAUUACAAAACAGACAAUCCACAGGCUGGUGUUGUUCCUGAAAAUGAAACAAAUUAUAUUAAAGAUUGUGAGACAAGUGACAUUUCUCAAAUAAAUGAUGACUUUGAUCCUUUUGGAAACCAAAGAAUAACAAGAGGAUUAGCUGCUGUGAACUCACAAUAUAUUGAUGAGGAGUUUUCUUCAGAUGAAGAAUAUCAGCCUACAGCAGAAGACUGGAAGAAGGAAAUACAAAUUGGACCAGAUCAUCAAGCUGUAGUUAAACCUUUUUUAUGUCCUUAUAAAGAAGGAGAGGAUACUGCAGAAAAAGAUGAUAAGUUGCUUUGGAAACCUGAUAUAAUUAGUCCACAAAAGCUUCAAAAUUAUUUGACUGUUGUUUAUAAGUUGAUGGAGCAUGGUUACCAAGCCCCAGAUCAUGAUGAUGAACAGGCACUUUUUACACUGCUUCAAACAGGAGAUGUAACUCUUGCAAUAAACAAACGACAAGAACAAGAAAGUCACCCUACAGAUAUUGCUUUAUGGUCAGAAGAAGAAUGUCAAAACUUUGAACAAGGAUUGCGUGUAUUUGGGAAAGAUUUUCGUCUAAUCCAGCAAAAUAAAGUACAGUCUAGAACAGUUGGUGAAAUUGUUCAGUUUUAUUAUCUUUGGAAAAAAACAGAACGUCAUGAUGCUUUUGUCACUCAGACCAAACUUGGACGUAAAAAAUAUGCUAUACCAGGCAUUGC